CUAAACUGCAACUGCAAGCAAAGCUUCCAUAUCAAUCCUUCCGCUGGCGCUAACUCAGCAAAUUCUAGAAAAUUCUAGAAGCAUGGCGGUGGUAACCGCCCUCUACGACGCCCUCAACCGCCGCGACGCCGAGACCAUCCAGAAGCUUCUCGCCGCCGACCUCGAGUGGCGGUUCCACGGCCCGCCGUCGCACCAGUUUCUGAUGCGACUCCUCACCGGCGGCGAGCAUGAAUCAGAUUUCCGAUUCGUCCCCCACCGCAUCUCCGCCUUCGGCGCCACCGUCCUCGCCGAGGGCUUCAACCAGUCCGGCGACAUCGCCUGGGUCCACGCCUGGACCGUCACCGCCGGCGGCGUGAUUACCGAGGUCCGGGAGUACUUCAACACUUCCCUGACGGUGACCCGGAUCGGUGUGACAGACCAAUCAGAUUGCGCGGUUCCGCCGGUCCAUUUCCCCUCGGUUUGGGAGAGCAGCCUCCCGAACCGGGUCGGGAAGUCCGUACCCGGUCUCGUGCUCGCUAUCUGAGACGACGUCGUUUGGAGACUAACGUCACGUGCUUGCUAACGUGUAGGUUCUUUUUCUGGAUGGUUUGAGAUCUACGGCUGGGAUUGAGUUAUGGGGUGUGAUGUAGUGUAUGUUAGUUUGCAUGUACCCGAGAAGAUGACCAAUCAAAUGAGGGUUGGGAGAUUCUCGUUAGCUGAUUCGACGUCGUUUUAGUGCCCAAGUGUUUGCUAUCAUCGGACUCUUGUUGCAGUAACACGUGCUCAAUGCUCGGUUGUGUUUUCACUUUUUAAAUAAAAAUAAUAUAUAUCGAAUAGGAGUGUUUAAUCCUU